AGCGGCCCCGCCCCGCCCCGCCCCGCCCCGCCCCGCCCCGCGCUCCAUGGCCGCGCGCUCGGAGCGGCUCUUCCGGUUCCGGGGCAGGCGGCGGCGGCGGGUCGGCGCGAUGGUGCUGCUGGAGAGCGAGCAGUUCUUGACAGAACUAACAAGGCUUUUUCAAAAAUGCAGAACCACAGGGAGUGUUUACAUAACACUGAAAAAAUAUGAUGGUCGAACAAAACCCAUUCCACGUAAGGGCCAUGUGGAAGGUUUUGAGCCAGCGGACAAUAAAUGUCUUCUGAGAGCAACGGAUGGGAAGAAAAAGAUUAGCACAGUGGUAAGCUCAAAGGAAGUAAACAAAUUCCAGAUGGCCUAUUCCAACCUGUUGAGAGCUAACAUGGAUGGCCUGAAGAAGAAAGACAAGAAAAGCAAAAAUAAGAAAAGUAAAGCAACCCAGUGAUGGAACAUAACGACUUUCCAUUACUGCAAGACUUGCAUUCUAGCCUUCAAAGUCCAUUUUUUCCUAAGUCAACACUUUCUUUUGGCGGUAGAAUACUGAGAUGUGAACAAUACCUUCACUUAAAUAAAAUGAAAAUAAAAGGUAGUUUCUGUAGAUUGUUAUUUGGCAGGAAUAUUCACAAGAUUAGACUGAAACCUCUUCACUCUCAGCUGCCAUGUUUUGUUACACAGGAUAGUCUGUAAACUGUUUUGGGGGAUGCAAGGGGUGGUCACAAGGGCAAAGUAAGAGUAGAUCUUAAGUAGUGAAUGAAAGCCUAAUUCUGUAGAUAAGCCCCAUGUAAACUAAGUAGGGAAGUUGAGAAUUAGUGGGAGCGUUGACUUUUUUUCUAUUUUAGCUUCUAGAAGUGGUUGGAGGUUAAGAGGUCAUGACCAAAAGAAGCAAGUCCUAGAACUUCAUGUUACAAUUGCAAUGACUGCUUUAGUAAAAGUCUCAUUCUUAUGAAUGUGUUCAGGGAUUUGGUGCUUCUUACUUUGAAUGGUUAUAUUGCUACCACUCUGAAAAUUGUAAAUAUAGUAUCUUGAUGCUUUGUUGUGAAACAGUAAUAUUUGCUUGUUCCUAUUAAACAAUCAGAAGUGCAUUUGGUUGAAAUGA